ACAAGACGCACGGCCAUCCUCCAAAAAUGGGAGCGCAACUGCGCGCUUUUCCCACCUAAAUUCAAAAAAAUAAUAUUAGCGUUGCUUAGCAGAUCUGGCGCCGCUAAAUUUAAAAAAUGAAGCAUGUUCUGACCAUUGCGUUUGUGUCCUUAUACCUGCACACUUGCGCUGAAGGUGUUCGAAAAAUCCCUUGCCCGAAAAUAGCGCCGAAGAACGGCGAAUAUGUGUAUCAAAGAAAAACUGGAUUUGCGGAAUACUACUGUAAAAGGGGAUAUAAAUUAGCCGGCGAAAGGUACAGAAAAUGCGUUCGAGGGAAAUGGGAAGGAGAGCUUCCCAAGUGUGUCCGAAAUACGUGCAAGACACCGAGUAAUCCAGCGAAUGGUUUUAUUUAUCCUACAAUCGGUAAUGCAGUUCUGAAUUUCAUCUGCACGCAUGGCUACAAACUGGAAGGACCAUCCAUAUCUUACUGCGUUGAUGAUCGUUGGUCAUCGCCCAAGCCCAGUUGCAUUGCUAGCGACAUGGAAGCUUCGUUAACAUGUGAUUUCGAAAGGGAAGACCUAUGCGGGUGGAGCCAUGAUCUUAAUCAUGAUUUUGAUUGGACACGACGUAACUUGAGCACGCCUACGGGCCAUGUUUUUACCGGCCCCAAAAGCGAUCACACACCACAUAUGCAAGGAUUGGGAUAUUACAUGUAUAUCGAGGCAACUUCAAGGAAGCAAAAUGAUACGGCACGUUUGAUUUCGCCGGUGUACCCGAAGCAAACUAACAACACUUGCUUGGAAUUCUAUUACCACAUGUGGGGAAGUUCUGCAGGACAACUGCGAGUUUAUUUGAAGAAGGUGAACGUAUCAUGGAUCCUCAAACCAGAGGACGCGAUUUUUUUGAAGUCUUCGAACCAAGGACCGCUCUGGCAACGUUCCUUUCUGCAAUUUCCUGAAAUUGAUGAAGAUUUUCAAAUAAUCAUAGAAGCUGUAAGAGGAUCAACAUAUUUAAGUGAUUUGGCCAUCGAUGAUUUUACCAUAACUGAAAACUGUAAUUUGGACAAUCCGACUGAAUCGUACACGUCAACAUAUUGGACAGAUAUGACCGUUUACGAAUCUUUAACAUGCAACAACAGAUGUGGAACGAGAAACUCCGCUCAGAACAAGUGCAACUGCACCGUGGAUUGCGAUACAAACAAAUCUUGCUGUCCAGAUUAUAUAGCAAUCUGCAUCUUAGGGAAUUAUUUUACUGACGAUUACACAAGCACCGAGGAAUAUUGGUCAACCGAAUCAAACGUGAGCAGCGACAUUGAAGUAGAUGAACGUAGAUUACAUUCAAACCCACCGAAUACCAACUCUGAUCAUAUAAUUCCAACAAACGGAUCUACUACCUCGCCUGCACUUACUAUAGUAACCACUACAGCACAGACUACGAUUAAACAAACUACCAAACCUACCACAACAAAACCAACAAUUGCAGUUACUAAACCUACUGCACCAUUGAUUAUUACUACCCAAACUACAAAGAAGGUAGUGGUAAUUACAAAACCACCGAAGACUAUAAUAAUUCCGAAAAAUAGAUCUACUGCUGCUGCGAUUUUAUUCACAACAGUGAUAGUAAGAAACAUCACACUACCUCCAAAGUUUGAUAUAGACAAAAAGACUCGGCAAGAGUCCGAUGCAAUUGAGGUCAUUCCAAGACCAAAUGAUAACGAAAUAGAUAAUAUUACAAUGGCAUCGUUAAAUAAUGCGCAGACAACGAAGAAGUCAAUUGCGCAAAGUCAUAAGACGAUGAAUACAUUUUGGUUUGUUGCAAUUGCAAUUUGCGUUACGUUGGUCGUUGUCCUAGCAAGCAUUUUGUAUAGACGUUAUAACUAUCGGCGAAUGAAUGGACGAGGGCAUAGCGAUUCCCAAAGCGAUGUAAGAUUCUUAACAAGCGACGAAAUUCUAGAUUUCAAUUUAGCAGGGUAAUUCUAUAAAAAAAAAAACAAAUACACUAUAUGUAUCGGUUCACGUAUGUAGAUAGGAUUGGUUAAUAGGUUAUAGAAAAUAAAAUGUUUUUUCUUCAUAA